AUGCCUACUGACAUAUCCCCUUCAGAGGCCAAAGACUUGCGGGACUUGGUCGGGCACAUAGCUGAUCUGCGUGAUCAGCUAUAUGCAAGAUACAACCAGACUGGGAACCUUGCUGACAUUGAGAAGACAAUCAAGCUCUGUGUGACAUUGUGCUUUCUGAAUGCCCACCGCAAGCAUGUGCUCCCAUUUGGCUUGAACAACUUAGGAGCCAUGUACUUGAUAAGCUAUCAGGACUUUGGUGAUUUCUCUGCAUUGCAGAAAGCAAUAUCCACACUGGAAAUGGCUAAGUUGAACUUCCCAAGUGAUGCAAGAUUGAUUGACUUGUCAAUCAAUCUCUCAACAGCAUAUGGCAAAUACUAUGACCAUCUAAGAGAAUUGUCCUCAAUUGAGAGUGCUGUAUUGUUUGCACAAGAGGCUAUCAAGCUAUCUGAGAAGCAUGGCAGUCCAUUGCUGCCUACUUCAUUGUUUGCAUUGGCAAGUGCAUAUGAUAGACAGUAUGAAUUCUCUCAUGACCCAAAUGUUUUGUAUGAGGCUAUUGAGGCAUGCCAGAAAACUCUGGCUCUUGUGGAUGAUGGAGAUUUCAAGAAGACAAAGUAUCAGAGCCUCCUAGGGUGGAUGAAACAAGAACUAUUUGAAGUCACAAGGAAUGUUGAGCUUCUAGAGGAGGCCAUUGCCAUUGGUACAUUGGUAGUUGGGUCUACUGCAGACCACAAUAUUUCCAAGGCUGGCUACCUCAACAACUUGGCCAAUGCUUACCAUGCUCAUUGGCAAUAUAGUGAUAAUGUUGAGGAUUUGCACAAUGCUCUCAGCCUUCAAAGACAUUCCUUAGAGAUAACACCAGAUCAUAGCCAGCACAAGCAUGUCUUUUGGGACACUCUUGGUACUCUGUAUGUCAGCCUUUGGCAACAAUCAUGGCAAUUGAGUAAUAUUGAAGAGGCUGUCAAUGCACAUAAGAUGGCAAUGAAUACUGCUCCUCAAAUUCAUGCCAGAAAGUCACACUACUUGAUCAACCUUGCCAAUGCAUGCUCCUGCAUGUUUUCCCAGACAGGGGAUAUUGUGCAUCUUGAGGCUGCCUUGGAUGCAUUGAAUGGGGCCAAUAUUCAGGAGGACAACCCAGCUAAGCCUAUGAUCCUGAAUAGUACAGCAAAUAUUCAUCUGAGCCAGUUUGGUAUGUUGCAUCAAAUUGAGGACAUAGAGCAGGCAGUCACAAGUUACAAAGCUGCUAUUGGCCUUCUUGGUGAAAGGAAUGCAGAGACUCCCUUCUAUAUGCAACAACUUGGAUAUGCAUUGAGAAUGAAGUAUGAAUUUACUCUCAAUUACUCAGACAUUGAAGAGGCUGUCUCAGUGCUGAACCAAGCCAGUGAUAUCAUGGCCCUUGAUCAUCCUAAAAGACCUCAGCUGUUGAUUGACCUUGGUACCUCAUAUCAGAUGCAGUCAGAUCACUUUGGCAUUGGUGGGAGUGACAUUUCUAUGGUUGACAAAGCAAUUGCAGCACACAUGACUGCUCACAUGCUCAAUCCAGAGGAAUAUCAUUUUGCAGCAUUAUCACAUGCACUCCUAUCCAGAUUUGAAUACAGCAAAGAUCCUCAUGAUAUUGAGAGAGCCAUUGACAUGGCCAGAGAUUCCUUGAGGAGAACCAUAGAUUCAGAUCCAUACAAGACCAUGUGCUAUGGGGCUCUGGGAAAUGCAUACAAUGUCAGAUAUGAGUGGUCUAAGAAUUUGGAUGAUAUUAAGGAGGCAAGCAAUGCCUAUGGGCAGGUGGCUAAACUCAGUGUCCAUCAGCCAGACAAAAGGCUGGACUUCACCCUUAGAUGGGCAAGAAUGUCAGCAGCUGAUCCAUCACUGCAUCAAUCCACUAUUGAUGCCUAUGACUAUGCAAUCAAGUUGAUACCUCAAGUGGUAUGGCAAGGCCUUCCAUUGAGCAAGAGGUACAGCAGGGUCAAUGUCAUUGGGGACCUUGCAAAUGAAGCUGUCAUUGUUGCCCUUGGGAGUAAGCAAUAUGGAUUAGCUCUUGAAUGGUUAGAGCAAGCACGCUCUAUCUUAUGGGGACAGCUGUUGAGGUUGAGAUCUCCUGUAGAGGCACUUGAACAAGUCAACCCUAUUCUUGCUGAAGAAUUUAAGUCAGUGACUAAGAGCUUGCAAGCCAUCAAUGCUAGGGAGACUGUCAAUCAGAGUAUGCAAUCCAGCAAGACAUCUCAGCAGGCAGCCCAAAGGCAUAGACAGUUAGCAAGGGAGUGGGAGCUACUUGUUGAGAAAAUACAGUCAACUACUGGCUUUGAGCAUUUCCUGCAGCCUCAUUCUCUCAUUGAACUCAUGCAAGCCUCGCAAUAUGGCAUCAUAGUUGUCAUCACUGUCUAUCAACAUCAAUGUCAUGCACUAGUCAUGCAGCCAGGAUCAUCUGAGCCCACACAUAUACCUUUGUUUAACUUCAACUACUCAAAGGCAGAGGCUAUGCAGAAGAACUUGAAGGAUUUACUGAAAAAUGCAGGCAGAGCUGCCAGAGAUGUCACCAGAUCAGCUAGGAUGGUAUCAUUGCAAGCAUCAACUGAAUCCUUGCAUGAAAUACUUGCAGAACUAUGGCAAUCUGUAGCUGAACCCAUUAUCUUGGGCCUCAAUAUGACACCAUGUCUGAGUCCAUCCCAAGAUUUUCCACACUUGUGGUGGUGUUUGACAGGUCCAAUGGCCUUCCUUCCAAUUCAUGCAGCAGGUCUAUACUCUGAUGGCCAAACAGGAAGCAAAGUCUCAGACUUUAUGGUCUCAUCAUACACUCCCACUAUUACCUCUCUCCUAGAGGCUAAGUCCAUUGAGAAGCAUGAGUUUCAUGGACUCCUUGCUAUCAGUCAGCCUCAGACACCAGGCCAGAGGAUUCUUCCUAAUACCAAGGAGGAGCUCCAAAGGAUCAAGGCCAACAUGCAGAAUACAAAGCUUGAGUUAACAAUGUUAGAGCAUUCUCAAGCUACAACUGAGGCUGUCAUGAAAGGCAUGGAAGAUCACAGCUGGAUCCACUUUGCAUGCCAUGCACUGCAAGACAUAUCCAGUCCUUUGGACAGUUCCUUCUAUCUGUACAAUGGGAAAAUUGAAUUGUCAAGGAUCAUCCAGAAGGUCUUGCCUCAUGCAGAUUUUGCCUUCCUCUCAGCCUGCCAAACAGCAUCUGGAGAUGAGAACCUCCCUGAAGAGUCCAUGCACUUGGCUGCUGGGAUGCUAGCUGCUAGUUAUUCCAGUGUCAUUGCUACCAUGUGGAGCAUCAUGGAUGAUGAUGCCCCUAUCAUUGCCAAUGAGGUCUACAAGUAUCUGUUGAAGGAUGUGAAACCUGAUAGUAGCAAGGCUGCAUAUGCCCUUCACCAUGCUAUCCAGGAAUUCCAGCAGCAGUAUGGCAAUACAGAGAAGAGUCUGUUGUCAUGGGUACCUUUCAUACAUGUUGGUGUCUAG